UAGUAAGCCACUAUGGAGGGUAUCAUAGCUGCGCCUAAGCGUGUUAACCAUGAUGGUGCCAAGGAGAGGCGAACAGGCAAUUACAAGCCAAACAUUUGGGAUUCUGAUUUUGUGCAAUCCAUUCACAACAAAUUCUCGGGGGAAACCUACAAAAGAAGAGUUGAGAAGCAGAAGGACUAUGUGAGACAGAUGCUCAUAAAUAAUAAAGAGAUGGUCCCAUUGGCUCAACUCCACUUGAUUCACGAUCUCCAAAGGUUAGGUUUAAAGUAUCACUUUGAGAAGGAGAUCAAGGAAGCAUUGGAUGCUUUGAUAUCAUUCAUUAACAUUAAUAAUGGUAGAAUUAGUGGUGAUGAUGAUCUACAUUCUACAGCCCUAUGCUUCAGGCAGCUCAGGCAACAUGGCUAUUUUGUGUCACAAGAUUUGUUUAGCAGCUUCAUGGAUGACACUGGUAAUUUCAUGACAAGCCUUUCUCAGGACUUUAAAGGAAUGCUUGGCUUAUAUGAAGCUUCACACCUUGCUAUAGAGGGUGAAAACAUGAUGGAAAAUGCUAAAGCUUUCUCUAGCAAAAUUUUAAAGGAUCUCAAGGGAAAUAUGGACCCAUACCUCAAUGAAGAAAUUGCCCAUGCGCUGGAGGUUCCUUCCCACUGCAGGGUGCCAUGGUCGGAAGCUAGGUGGUACAUUAAUGCAUAUGAGAGAAGGGAGAAUAUAAACCCUACUUUACUGGAACUCGCCAAAUUGAGCUUCAACAUGGUUCAAGCUACCCAUCAAGGAGAGCUCAAGGAAAUAUAUGGGUGGUGGAAGAACGAGGGCCUUGGUGAGAAAUUGAGCUUUGCAAGGCAACGAUUAGUGGAGUGUUUCUUAUGGUCAGUGGGAACAGCUUUUGAGCCUCAAUAUGGUUGUCUAAGAAAAUGGUUGACGAAAAUCAUCAAUCUUAUUCUCCUAAUUGAUGAUAUUUAUGAUAUUUAUGGCUCAUUGGAUGAACUAGAGCAAUUCACCGAUGCAGUUGAAAGUUGGGAAGACAAGAAAAUUGAUCACCUUCCAGACUAUAUGAAGAUAUGUUUUGUAGAACUUCAUGGAACAACUAAUGAAAUCUCCAGUGGCGUUCAAAAAGACCAGAAUAGGAAUAUCAUGGUACAUCUUAAGAAAGUGUGGACAGAUUUUUGUAAAUCAUUAUUAGUGGAAGCCAAGUGGUACAAUAGUGGAUACUCACCAUCUCUACAAGAAUAUCUAGACAAUGCAUGGAUCUCAUCCUCAGGGGCCAUCCUUAUAAUUCAUUCAUAUUUUGCUCUAGCCCAAGAGACGAGCAAUGAUGGAGUGGGUUUCCUGGAGACCAAUCGGGAUCUUGUGUACCAUCCAUCAAUGAUCAUACGACUUUGCAAUGAUUUGGGGACUUCAGCAGCGGAGUUGGAGAGAGGUGAUGCUCCAUCGUCAAUCCUUUGUUACAUGAGAGAAGCAGAAGUUUCUGAAGAGAUAGCUCGAGAGCACAUAAAAGACAUGAUAGUGGACACAUGGAAGAAAAUGAAUGAAAAAUGCAUCUCCCAUUCAUCGCAUUUUCCUCCUGUGUUUCUUAAUUUCACUUACAACGUUGCACGGGUGGCUCAUUUUAUUUACCAAUAUGGAGAUGGCUUUGGGGUUCAAGACCGUGAAACUAGAAAUAAUGUACUAUCUUUGUUAGUUCAACCUAUCCAACUUCAUCUCGAUGAAACUGACUCCAUUUAAUACGGUGAUGUUUAAUUUAUCGCCACAAACAAAGGAAGGAGAUCAUUAACAU